CGUUAUCAUAACAGAGAUCGUCAAAAUAAUCGGAGACGAGAUGACUUUACAUCAGAAUAUCGACUGAAGUUGACACUGAUGUUGAAGUAGGAUUGACUGAAAGUUGCUAUGAUGCAGCAAAAAGUCCUUGGUUGGGGUAGUUCCCAGCAUGGACAACUUGCUGUUGGAGCCUCUGAUGAGUUUGUAAUAUCUACUCCGAAAUACAUCCCCUUACUGAGCAGUGAACAUUUCUGUAUGACAAAGAUUAGCUGCGGAGAAAUGCACUCGCUCUUUGUUACAUCUGAUGGCGACAUCUUAUCUUGUGGGAAUAAUGACUAUGGACAACUUGGGCGAGAAAACAGCAGGUCCAAACCAGAAAAAAUUGUUCAACUUAGCAAAAUGAUAGUGACCCAGGUUGCUGCUGGCAGUCAUCAUAGUUUAGCACUGACAGCUGCUGGUGAGGUAUUCAGCUGGGGAGACAACAGCUUAGGGCAGCUCGGCAGGGGCCAGGUUGAUGAAGCUGUACAGCGGAUACCUAAGUUACUAAAGGCCCUGGUGCUCAACACAGUUAUACAGAUUGCCUGUGGUAACUGCCACUGUCUUGCGUUAACAGACGAUGGACAGGUGUUUUCCUGGGGUGGCAAUAGUCAUGGACAAUUAGGUCAGGGUGCAAAGUGCAGCGCCUUGGACACACCAAAAUCUAUCACCUGUCUGAGGGGUAUACCCAUAGCCAAGGUGGUGGCGGGGGGCUUCCAUAGCUUUGUACUCACCAUGUCCACUGCUGUUUUUGGAUGGGGCAAGAACUGUUUUGGGCAGUUAGGACUGAAUGAUGAUUCAGAUCAGUGCCAUCCGAUGUUAUGUAAAUCAUUACGAGGACAAAAAGUGAAGCACAUAUGUUGUGGGGAGGAACAUACCGCUGUUCUAACACAGGAAGGUGGUGUGUUUACCUUUGGUGCUGGUGGAUAUGGACAGCUUGGUCACAACUCCACUGACAAUGAAAUCCUUCCAAAGAAAGUAGUGGAGCUCAUGGGCAGUAAAGUUACACAGAUCGCCUGUGGCAGACGGCACACAUUAUCCUAUGUACCUAACAGUGGGAGGGUUUAUGCCUUUGGCCUGGGAGGGAGUGGACAGCUAGGAGUUGGAGUACCUGGGAAUAAAACCACUCCCUUUCUUGUGCAAGGAGCCUUCCUAUCAGCCGAGGGAAAAUGCUCAUCAGAUGUGAUGGACCACGACCAGCCAUUACUUGUCAAGGAAUUAUAUGCUGGUGGUGACCACUGUUUUAUAAUAGCUGCCUUUCCGUUGAGUGGCGUUAGUCCUGCUGACCAAAGACUACAUGACCCGACCACACAGAUAGCACGUCUUACUACAGAAAUGAUAACAAAGAUAUCAGAACUGGAAGAAGAUGAAAAACCUUUAGAUUUCUUUGAUGAAGUGGAAAAAGUAUUUUCUACAGCAUCUUGUUUAAAUGCAUCAUUCCUGUUAGAACCUGAACACUAUGGGUGUAGCAGUAAAAACCCUGGAUUGGACAUGAAUCUGGUCAGGAACUCUAUGCACAAACUGGGAAUGUCCAAAAAUACAACUGUGAUACAAAAGGUAAACAAAGAAAUCUUCAUCUCUCUAUUAUUGUCUUCACUACCUCCGUCCCCCCCUGACGUGGAAGCCCUACGGCUCUACCUUAUCUUGGCCGAAUUUCACCUGUUUGACCAGCCAAAAAACUAUUUGACACUUAUCAUUCCAUUUGGAAGGUGUAUAAUGAACCUGGAAAAGGCAGGAUCUAAAGUUUUAGAUAUAUGGUGGUCAAAAUUAAAGAAUUCAUUUUUCAGCAAGAUUGUAUAUAUUUACAAGCAAGUUGUGAUAUAUGUACUGAACUUAAAGACAACUACUUCAGAAAAUGAGCAGACCAACAUUGCAGUAUUAAAGGUAGCAUUGGAGGUCUUAAAGAAGCUGAAUGUGGUGAAUGAACAGCAUGGUCAGCUCAUCGCCUACCACCAGUUUUACGUGUCGGAGCUACGGGAACGUGUCGACAUCGAGAGGGAUUACCUCAGCUGGUUGUAUCAACCCAGACUUGGAAUGUUCCCAAUGCCCACUCUCUCUUUCUGUAACUAUCCAUUUGUGUUCGAUGGUGCUGCCAAAAGCUUGUUGCUUCAGACUGAUGCAAACAUGCAAAUGAGGACAGCUUAUGAGGAGGUUCACCGGCGUAACAUUCAGAGCAUCCUGAUGCCGAUGUCGAUAGAUCCUGUCAGUCCCUGUCUGGUCCUCCACGUGUCGCGUACAAAUAUUGUGGGAGAUACCAUCGCCCAGAUCAUGAUGCAAGGGACUGCUGACUUCAAGAAGCCACUGAAGGUGAUAUUUGUAGGGGAGGAGGCAGUAGAUGAGGGUGGUGUCAAGAAGGAAUUUUUUCUGCUACUGCUUAGAGAAGUCCUAGACCCCAAGUAUGGCAUGUUCAAGUACUAUGAGGAUUCCCGUGUUUACUGGUUCAAUCCUAUGACCUUCGAGAGCAUUGACAUGUUUCACAUGAUCGGCUGUUUGUGUGGCCUGGCCAUCUACAACUCCACCAUCAUACAGCUCGACUUUCCACUGGCGCUCUACAAAAAACUCCUCAAAAGGUCACCAAACAUUGAAGACUUGAGGGAUCUGAUGCCUACAGUCAGCAGUGGUAUGGAAGAUCUGCUGAGUUCUGAAGAGGAGGAUAUUGAAAACACCUUUUGUUUGACAUUUGAGAUAACAAUGGAGAACUUUGGAGACAUACAAACCAUGAAUCUGGUGCCUGACGGGUCAGAGAAGGUUGUCACCAAGGAUAACAGACAGGAGUAUGUUCAAGCCUAUAUAGACUUCAUUUUCAACCAAUCAGUAGACAAGCAGUUCCAGGCGUUUAAUUCAGGCUUCCAUAAAGUGUGUGGCGGUAAGGUCCUGGAACUGUUCCAUCCUCAAGAACUCCAGGCCAUGGUAGUAGGCAAUGAGGACUACGACUUCCACGAGCUAGAAAAGAACACAGAAUACAAAGGAGUUUACCAUAGGUAUCACUUGACAAUCAAACUGUUCUGGGAGAUAUUUCACGACCUUUCAUUGGAGCUCAAGAAAAAGUUUUUAUUGUAUCUGACAGGCAGCGAUAGAAUCCCUAUUCUUGGAAUGAGGUCAAUCAAAAUGAUUAUCCAGCCAAUGCUGGGAGUAGAGAACCACCUUCCUGUGGCACACACAUGCUUCAAUGUGCUUGACCUUCCUACAUACAGUAAAAAGGAGGUGAUGCUACAUAAACUCCAACAGGCCAUAGAACAAACCGAGGGAUUUGGUCUGGUGUAGGUCAGGGACAUGUGAGCAGUCAAUCUGAGGACUUAUAGUGUGUAAAUGCUUGUUACAGCUUGUUAUGAUGUGAAAACCAGGAAUAAAAACAGAACUUCGAGCAUAAUGAACAUUUUAUCGAUGUCUAUGUUUGGUUGACAGAGGACUAACAAGAACUCUGAGGUAUUAUAUUGUGUAAAUACUUGCUAAAGAUACAUAAUGUGGAAGCGUGUGAACUGAGCAUAAUGAGUACUUUUCUAACACUUAUGUAGACUGGAAUAUAAGUCUAGUCAAUGUGAUCUAUAAUAACUCGAAAUAUUUAUUGUUGAGUGAAUGCUUGUUACAUAUUUUGAACAAAUCAUGUGAUAUGUAAGUAUGCUGAUUAUGGGAUGUGUUGAUUUGCUGAUUAUGUGAUGUGUUGGUCUGCUGAUUAUGUGAUGUGUAGAUUUUCUGAUCAUGUGAUGUGUAGAUCUUCUGAUCAUGUGAUGUGUUGAUCUGCUGAUUAUGUGAUAUGUUGAGCUGCUGAUCAUGUGAUAUGUUGAUCUGCUGGUCAUGUGAUGUGUAGAUGUUCUGAUCAUGUGAUGUGUUGAUCUGCUGAUCAUGUGAUGUGUUGAUCUGCUGAUCAUAUGAUGUGUAGAUCUGCUGAUCAUAUGAUGUGAUGAUCUGCUGAUCAUGUGAUGUGUAAGUGUGUUGAUCAUGUGAUGUGUAAGUAUGGUGAUCAUUUGCUGUGUAAGUGUGCUGAUCAUGUGAUGUGUAAGUGUGCUGAUCAUGUGAUGUGUAAGUAUGGUGAUCAUGUGAUGUGUAAGUAUGGUGAUCAUGUGCUGGGCAGAUUUGCUGAUUAUAUGAUGUUUAGAUAAGUUGAUUAUAUGAUGUUUAGAUAAGUUGAUUAUAUGAUGUUUAGAUAAGUUGAUCAUAUGCUGCUUGAAAAUAUGUAGUAGUAUCCAGAAACCAUAGUCUGUGCUAUAAAUUCUCGGUAGAUAUCUGAGCUCUAAUGAAUUGAAAGCAUUUGCUGAAAAUUGAAAAGAAUUAUUGUACUGCCAAAACUACAUUUUAUUGCACUCUCCGACUUGCCAGUAUUUAUUUUGAUUGUAAGUGGUACUUGGUGCAUGUGGUACUUUUGGGAUAUCCUACAUUAAUAACGCUGUAAAACCAGGAUCCAAAGAUGGCCACUGUUCGUCCCACACCACAGAGCCCUUCCUGAACUUUCAGUGUUUUAGUUGUUUUUGGUCAAUUUGUCUAAACAUGAUUCCUGCUGUAUUGUUUUAGAUUGAAGAACUGUUUUUUUGUCAUUGACCUAUGUUGUUCAGCUUCCUUAAUCAAACUAGACUGCUUAAAUUAAUGAAUGAUAAUGGCAUUCAGUCUGCUAUGUUAUCCUUAACUUUGUGAUAUUUUCCUGUUUCCAUGGGAUAUUUAUUUUACAUUACAACAUGAAAAAAGUUUCCUUUUGAAUUUCCUUAACAAUGUUUUAAUGAUCCAAACGUCGUCCCUCCUUUAUAGUCCAGUGUUUGUCCUGACAUAUCAGCAUUCAGAAGUAUCAGGUAUCCUGAUCAAUACGGUAAGUUAUUCUUUGUCUCACUGACUUCAUAUCGCAUUAUUAUUUUCCCAGCAAAUAAAAUAUUUUAAACACAAUACAAUUUCAACUUCUUCAAUUCAUAAUUAACUGUUUCUAUUUUUUGUCAUACUAUUGCAUUAUAGUUAAGGAAAAUCGUCUGAAUGUUCUGCAAGCUUACAACAUAAUUGUUUUGUUUUUCUACUUACGGAUGAGCUCAGUUGCCAAGCGGAAAGUUAACUGUUUGAUUUAAAGUUUAUAUAUUUUAUUUGUCAUACAACAGAAAGGAUCGGGUACAUUUUUUCCCACCUUAGUAACGCCUUCUCCAACACAUUUCAUUACACAAAUUACAUGACAAAAAAAACACAUUUAUCAAAAAAUACAUAUUUGAACACAGAGGAGAGGAAAGAAAGAGAAUUUGAGAAGAAAAACUAUUGACCUCAGAAUCUUUUAUUAUUUUUAACGAACGUUUGAACUCGUAUAUAACUAUAUAAGAAAUGUUACACAUUUUCCUCACCAGACAAGAUUACUGUUACCAUGUACAGACUGAUGAGUUGUGAUUGUGAUAGUUAUGAAGUAGUACUUAUUGAUUGACCAUGUGUAUAUGCUGUUGUGUAAAACUUUGAAGAAUGUUUAUACUGUAUUUAGUAUUAGUGAAAAAUGAAGAAUGUUUUUAAGACUGGUUGUGAGUAAAUUGAUGUUGACUUUAUCUGAAUGAUAAUACAUGUAUCAAGAAGAAGUUAAUGCACUUCCAGUGUACAGACAGGCUUUCAGAAACAUUACAUCAAACAAAACAGUGCUGGAUUAUAAUGUAAUGUAAUUUUGUUAUAAUAGAACCACAGCAGUAUAUCUUGUGACGUCAUGUACUCUGUGAAUUAGUACAGACAGCAGUAUAUCUUGUGACAUCAUGUACUCUGUGAUUUAGUACAGACAGCAGCGUAUCUUGUGAUGUCAUUUUCAUUGAGAUUUAGUACAGACAGCAGUGUAUCUUGUGAUGUCAUGUACUCUGUGAUUUAGUCCAGACAGCAGUGUAUUUUGUGAUGUCAUGUUCACUGAGAUUUAGUACAGACAGCAGUGUAUCUUGUGACGUCAUGUACUCUGUGAAUUAGUCCAGACAGCAGUGUAUUUUGUGACGUCAUGUUCACUGAGAUUUAGUCCAGACAGCAGUGUAUUUUGUGAUGUCAUGUUCACUGAGAUUUAGUACAGACAGCAGUGUAUCUUGUGAUGUCAUGUACACUGUGAUUUAGUCCAGACAGCAGUGUAUUUUGUGAUGUCAUGUUCACUGAGAUUUAGUCCAGACAGCAGUGUAUUUUGUUACGUCAUGUACUCUGUGAAUUAGUCCAGACAGCAGUGUAUCUUGUCAUGUCAUGUACACUGUGACUUAGUCCAGACAGCAGCUGUGUAUCUUGUGAUGUCAUGUACACAUGUGAUGUGUAGAUCUGCUGAUCAUGUGAUGUGUUGAUCUCCUGAUCAUGUGAUAUGUUGAUCUGCUGGUCAUGUGAUGUGUAGAUGUUCUGAUCAUUUAGUCCAGAUAUCAAUGUAUCUUGUGACGUUAUGUAGUACAGGGACAUUAAGGUACUGUAAUUAGAUCCUGAAUUAAGAGGAGACAAUAUCUUGGUUGUAGAAUAUGAUUCAUAUAUUUUCAUUUUAUUUAUUACAUAUGUUGAUAUUGUUGUUUAAAGACUUUCUACAUGUCCUUUUUAUGUCAUUCAGUUUGACCAUUUUUUUAAAUGCUGUUAUCUUGUGUUAUAAUUAGCUUCUGAAUAAUGUGGUAGCCUCUGAUUAAUGUACACAUAUGUUAUACGCAGCUUCUGAUUAAUGUACACAUAUGUUAUACGAAGCUUCUGAUUAAUGUACACAUAUGUUAUACGAAGCUUCUGAUUAAUGUACACAUAUGUUAUACGAAGCUUCUGAUUAAUGUUCACGUGUUAUACUAAUAUUCUGAAUAAUAUACAUGUUUUUAGUUAAUUUUACAUUUACAAAACUCCAAUGGGAUGUUUAUGAUAAAGUCAUGUCCUAUACACCUGUCAGAGUUCACUCCCUUGAUUAUCCCUCUGUACAGCAGUAGCUACUCUCUGAGGAACACUUUAGAAGCCUCUGUGUGUUACGGGAUAAUGUACGAAGAUACUGACACUUCAGGGAGAUUUGUAUACUGCUGGGGCUACUUGCGUAUCUGUGUGGUUGUUAUUGUUCAGAAAAUAAGCCACAGGUAUAAUAUUUAAUGACUAGCACAUUUAUGUAUGUGAUUGAAAUGUUUAAUUAAUCAAAACAAUAAAUAAAUGUCUAAAUAAAUGCUUCAUUGGUAAGCACUAAAUGUU